GAUCGACGACGAAUAACGGCAAAUUUUGUAGCAUUUUUUUUAUUUGCUAAAAAAAUUGAGUUUGACCGUUUCUUAAGUGAAAAAAAAAUAUUUAAAUAAUAAAAAAUUAAGAAAAAAAAAUCAGUGAGAUUUAAAAUAACAUUAAAUGCACAGUUAAUAAAAUAAUUAUUUGAUUAAAUAAUAAGCAUACAGUGAAAGAGGGCUCUAAACGACAGUCGUCAUUCAUAAACAAAAAACAAAAAGUUACAAAAACAAAUAUAAACAAAGAUAUAUAAAUAAAUCGCGGUGAAUUAAAAAUAGAAAAAUUAAAGCUCAUCAGUUCAAAUAUGCCAUUGUUGGAUUUUGAAAUUGCAGCCAGUGAGAAUGGUGCAUCAGCCAAGCAAGCGUCGCUACAAGACGAUGCAAGCAGUGUGUUAUCAAGCGGGGUUGAGAGUGGCAGUAGUGGUUCAGAGGAUGAACUAUCAACAUCCCCAGCAAAAUUAACGUCGAAAUUCCGCUUGAAUCAAGAUAGCAGCAAAAUGGCAGCAACGAACAAAAAUGGAUUAAUGCCAAGUAGCAGUAGCAACAUGGAAGGUCGUUACGCGAGUUUACCAAACCGCGCAAAACACGAGAAAUUUUUGCGUAAUUUUGUCGAUGAGGUUAUCCAAUUGGCGGUGUUCAAUGGCACAGAUCGUGCGAAUAAAGUGCUCGAAUGGAAGAGUCCCGAGGAGAUGUUGAAACUCGUGGAUUUGGAGUUGAAAAGUGAACCGGAUUCCGAUGAGAAACUCAUGGAAUUGAUGCGAGACACGAUCAAGUAUUCCGUUAAGACGGGACAUCCGUAUUUUGUGAAUCAAUUGUUCUCCGCUGUGGAUGCUUAUGCGUUGGCGGGACAAUGGUUGACGGAUGCCUUGAAUCCGAGUGUUUAUACGUACGAAGUAGCGCCCGUGUUGAUUUUGAUGGAGGAAAUUGUGUUGCAGGAGAUGAGACAGAUUGUUGGAUGGAAUGGAGGGAAAGGCGAUGGAAUCUUUUGUCCGGGAGGAUCGAUUGCUAAUGGAUAUGCCAUCGCUUGUGCUCGUUACAACUUUAUGCCAGAAAUUAAGACUCGAGGUCUCUUUGGUUUGCCCCGUCUCGUUCUCUUCACAUCGGAAGACGCUCACUAUUCCGUGAAGAAACUCGCGUCAUUCAUGGGCAUCGGUUUCGACAACGUCUUCCCCAUCAAGACAGAUUCGCGUGGCAAGAUGUGUCUCGUCAACUUGGAGCAGCAAAUUCAAAGGGCAAUAACCGAAGGCGGAAAGCCAUUUAUGGUAUCAGCGACAGCCGGCACAACAGUCCUGGGGGCAUUCGAUCCAUUGGAAGGUAUUGCAGACCUUUGCGCCAAAUACAACAUGUGGUUCCAUGUCGAUGCUGCAUGGGGCGGCGGUGCCCUGAUGUCUAAGAAAUACCGACAAUUGCUGAAAGGAGUUGAACGUGCCGAUUCCGUUACAUGGAACCCGCAUAAAUUGCUGACAGCUCCCCAACAAUGCUCGACAUUCUUGACGCGACACGAAAACAUUUUGUCCCAAUGUAACUCGACAAAUGCCACGUACCUCUUCCAAAAGGACAAAUUCUACGACACAAAAUACGACACGGGCGACAAACACAUUCAGUGCGGGCGUCGUGCCGAUGUCCUCAAAUUUUGGUUUAUGUGGCGCGCCAAGGGCACCCGAGGUUUCGAGCAACAUGUCGAUCAGGCAUUCGAUUGUGCGGAAUAUUUUACGCGCACCAUUAAGCAACGACCCGGCUUCGAGAUGGUUUUAGACGUGCCCGAAUGCACAAACGUGUGUUUCUGGUAUGUGCCGCCAUCGCUGAGAAAUCGCCCCGCACCCCAAACCGACGCUGAACGAGAAGCGUACCGAGAUGCGCUGCACCGCGUCGCUCCCAAAGUCAAGGAACGCAUGAUGAAAAGUGGCGCCAUGAUGAUCACCUACCAACCAAUUCACGACAAACCAAACUUCUUCCGACUCGUUAUUCAGAAUUCCGCUCUUACGCACGCCGACAUGAAUCACAUUAUCGAGACGAUCGAAAAGUUGGCGGAGGAUUUGUAGGAGAAAAAAAACAGGAAUUAUUUUAUCGCACGUUACAUUUUAUCAUUUUUUUUUAGGAGAUAAGAGCUUUAGGAAGUAUGCAUGUGUUGUAGUUUUAGUGAUUUAUUUUAGCCUUAUUUAUAUUUAUAAAGAAAAAAACAAAUGAAAAAUUACGCAAUUUCUAAAUUAUUCCAAGAUACAGACAAGACAACAAGACACGUGUAGUAGAAUAUAGGGGACAUUUGGGUCGCAAAUUGAACAACAACGUAAAUGUAUAAGAAGAGAAAUAUGUUAAAACGAAGACAAUAAAUGAUAUUUAUUAAAAAUAUACACACAAAAA